AUGUCUACCGAUGGCAGUGAAGUCAUUGACGAUAACAAAACUGUAAGGAGUCUCUUUAACGGACUAGCACAGAGGUACAAGGACACCGUUUUGAAGAGUGAGACGUCCAUCGAACAAGAUGAGAAUUCACGCUCUCUUAUUCCACAUUUGGAGAAGCUAUGGUAUAUGAUGGGUGCGAUGGGUGUUGUUUCCCCUAACGAACAGUUGGAUGAUAUUUCUACGAACGCGUUGGAAUUGUUAUGGACUCCUUACAUCAUUGCAGAUCUCUACCAGCGCCUACAGGGACCUAUGCCCACUCCAGCACCGGUCACUCCAGGCGAAACAAAUGAAGUUGCUGGAGCUGCGGGAAUGACACGUGAGGAGGCCCUUUCUCGUUCGCAUCACUGGUAUGAUGUUUUCUUCCGUUGGGCACAGGACUGCGAGUUGGUGGACGAACGGACGCUGGACACAUAUCGCACGUUUCGUGCGGACAAUCGCACACAACGCGUGGAGCUCUCCCGGAAGCGCCGUGAGCUGGAGGUGGUACUACUCCAAUAUGAGGAUAAGGUAGAGUACUUACAAGCAAAAAGAAAACGUAUGAAGGAGCUGAUGGCGGAAGACGGUGACGAAAUAUCUGAAAGUAACGGGGAUGAGGAGGAAGCACUCCGGGGUCGCGCUCUCGCACGGUUGCGUUGGUCUGUUUACGAGGCUUGCCAUCACCUGCAGUUGUCAGCGCGCGAGUUGGAAAUGCUCACGGCAUUGUCACCAGAGAGGCGGCAAGAAAUAGCAAACAACCACCAGCGUACGUUGGAUGCUGUGCGUCGGGGAGAGUUAUCACUUGGUCGGCACACGUACACUAUCCUACCAGGUGGUCUCGUCGCACCGGGAGGACCGUUUCCUGUGGACCGCAUUAACAGUACCGUUAUGAGCGCGAUAGCAAGCCAGGAGAGUUUCCGUCAGAAAGUCGUGGAAGAGUUGAUGAUAAACAGGAAUAAUCCAACUAUGACGUUGGCAGAGUUCGCCGACGCGGAGAUGGCAGAUGUGCAGCGUCGCAUGGAGGCAAACGCAGAUGCGCAGCGGCUCCAACAAGAAGAGGAUGAGUUACUUGGGCCUGAAGGAGUUGAGGAGCGUCAACGGAAGCGGGACUCGGCUCUAGCUGAUUGGAAGGAUGAUCACCCCCCAAUUGGCCAAACUGCAAGAGGAAACUACGCAUGA